AUGUUCUGCGCGGAUGAAGGACAUUCUCUGGUGGUGAGCAGAGGCAAGACUAGAGAAAUCGAUUCAAGAUUUAUCGCCGAAGAUUCUGAGGAUGGUCGUCAACAUUCACUUACUAUAGUCUCAGUUCAACCUAGCGAUGCCGGUGAAUACGGGGUCGUCAUUGACGGUGUCUACACCAUCGUCACCAGAAUAGUCGUCACUGAAUCCGAAGUAUUUACGCAAUUCAUAUACGAAGAACCAGAAAUUGAUGUGUCGUUGCAAAUGGAUUCUGUCAAAGAUGAUGCUUGCGUAGGUAUGACCGAGCAGGUGAAAACUCGUCUGGAAAAAGAUGUCCAAGAGAGCGAUGUGGAAGCCAUGACAGGAGAAGAAGGUUUCGAAAUUGUAGACGCGGACGAAGUUGAAGUUCACCGUGCCGAGGAAGCCAUGCAAAAGGAGGCAGUUAGCCAGUUCCCAGAAAAGGAGUUUGCUGUAGUGGAAAAAGAUCUUCAAGUGACAGAGAAAGAGGAGCUGAUAUCGAAGAAGGUUGUGGAGCUGGAUCUCAAACGAAUCGACGAAGCAGCUCUAGAAGCAGCCGCUGCUGUUGCGAUGGAAAUAACUGAAAAAUUGCUCGCAGAUGCCUUUACUGAGGUUGAUCAGAUCGAAAAGGAGGAGCGCGAAACACCAGCAGUGCCACAAGUUUUGUCAUCGAGCGAUGUCACAACUCCAACGUCCGAUACAUUCGAGAAAGUGCCUGAAAUUUUCAUUGAACCGAUGACAGAUGAAGGAAUAUCAACACCGGAGGAGCUACCAGAAGAUGACUUGACCCUAGCUGAUUUGAGUGCUGGUGGCUUUGAGUUUGUCCGUUCACUGGUUGAAGAAUCAAUACAAAAAGCGAUGGCUGAAGUAUCGUCUAUGGAGGUUCACGCCCUGAUUGCUGACAAGGGCGAAAAACCAGCCGAAGUGGUGGACGUGCAAAGGGAAUCAGAACAGCAAAGAACUACUGAUGCUGAAGAUCAAACUUCCAAGACUUCUGGUCAACCAGAAGCUGGGAGCCUGCAUGAGAAACCAAGUGAAGAACAAUUUCCGAGGAGUGAUGCCCCAGCUCCUGAAAAGGGCGAGGAAGCAGUUCAGAGAGGGCCCGAGGAACUUAAAGGUAAAGAAGAAGAGGAAGAAGUUCCAAGUGAGAGGCUGCUCGAUACGGGAAGUGAUGUGACUGCUGUUUUCAAAGGAAUAGACAACCUGCAGACAAGGGAGAUUGUUUCUGAAGAAGCAGCUUGUAUUGCAACGGAAUUCGUCACAGCUCAAGUUGAAGACGUUGCUGUCUUGUUGCAAUUUGAUCGAGAAGACACUCAUUCAGCAGUGGACUUUUCUUUUGCACGACCAAGAAAAUGCAAACUGACUGUGUUCCUGACAUUUGAUCAAGCCAUCGAUGUCGUCCCUACGGAAGAAGUGCAUCUACAUGUUGAAUAUAGUCAUGCAUCGCAGACAGAAUCUUCCGAAGUCAUACUUUCUCAGAUCAUGUAUGAAGAUGACGAGGCAUCAACAAUAGACGACACAUUGACGUCGAUUUCAAGCAGUUGCCUCUAUUGUCCACCGGAAUUUGUGUCGCCAUUGCAACCGAAGUACGAAAUCCAGCGAAAUUCUAGAGCUCUUCUGAAAGUGGUGGUGACGGGUGUGCCAUUGCCACAAGUCAUAUGGUAUCAUAAUGGCAAUGUCCUUAAUUCGAUCAAGAAUGUUUUGAACAUCAUCUACGAGGACGGUGUAAGCUUCUUGGAGAUUUAUAAUUGCACUGAACGAUGGAGUGGCGUAUUCACAUGUGAAGCAAAGAAUUCUGCAGGUGUCACAAAAAUAGAGUCGAUCCUGACUGUUUUACCUGAAGAACCGGAGGGUCCUGUUCAACCAACCGAAAUUCACCUAUCGAAUAUUCCAUUCCAAGAAGAUGUUGAACAUAUUAUCCGCGAUAGUGCUCAUCGUGAUUUCCACGCCGCGGCCUUCACCCUAGGGGUGGAUGACUCAGUGCCGGAACAAAGAUCUUCAUCUCCUGAAGUAUCAGAGUAUAGCAGUGCAUCUUCUGGAGCAGGACAGGCUCCUACUUUUAUCGUAACCAUGCCUCCACAGAUUUAUUCGAAGGUGAACGAAAACAUUCAAUUGAAAUGUACCUUCACUGGACAACCGCUUCCAGCUGUAACUUGGGAGAAGGAUGGCAAUCUCGUGAACUUGAAUAGGAACUACAACAUCAUCACCGAAGAUGGGGUUACUAUUCUUCGUAUGGAAUGCACUACUCUUGAAGACAAUGCCAUAUUUUCCUGUACCGUAGCGAAUAACUUUGGAAUGCAGACUGCCAACUGCAAAGUCAUCAUCGAAGAUGACGUGCUCGAGCAUAAACACAUUGGCACACAAGUGAUCUGUGACCGGGAAGGUGCAAGUGGAGAUGUGGAUGCGGUUAUGAUGAGCCCACGCACGACUGCUACGAAAUUCACGUUCACCUCAUCUGAAGUUGUUGAACGAAGCAAAGAGCACGAAGAAACCACAGAAGAUGUUUCCAUUGAAGAUAUCGAUGAGCAGAAGCCAGUUUUUCUUCUUCCAUUAGAAGACAGUGUUUUCAAAGGGAAUACUAGCACCCUCAAAUGUAUUAUUAUGGCUGCACCAACUGCCCACAUCGAGUGGAAAAUUGAUGAUCAAGUGGUCAUCGAAGACGAGGAGCACGGGAUUAUUUAUGAAGAUGGUAUAGCUAUUCUAAAAAUUCGCAAUAUUCAACGCGAUGACCUUCGAGUGUCAUGUACUGCCACAAAUCGAAACGGUCGAGCAGAAUCGCAUUGCCAGUUGACAAGAGAACACGAAAGAUCACUGCAUGAGGAAGGCCAAAGCCCACGUUUCAUUAUUCCGCUGAAAAAUAUCUGCACUUGUGCGGAGGAGGUUACGCUUAAAUGUAUCAUUGAAGCCGAGCCGAUACCAGAAGUUACAUGGUUUGUCGAUGGGAAUCUGCAGACGCAGAGGCAAAAUGGUGCGGAAAGGGUCGAAGGAAAUGCAAAAAUCGGGCUGGUUGGAAAUGUGAAAGACUCCGAAAAACCGUAA